CAGCGGGUGAAGGUGAAUCCACCGGCCCGUCUCUCUCCACCCGCCGCUGGAAGCACCCUGUCCACAUCUCCUCCUCACUGCACCGGGAUCAGCUGCGCUACUCUGAGCCAUGUCCAUAUUCAGCGAUGUCCCGCAGGCCCCUCCGGUGGCGGUCUUCAAACUGACAGCUGACUUCAGGGAGGACGGCCACCCGCAGAAGGUGAAUCUGGGAGUUGGAGCUUACCGUACCGAUGACUGCCAGCCCUGGGUGCUGCCGGUGGUGAAGAAGGUGGAGCGGCUGAUUGUGGAGGACAACAGCCUGAACCACGAGUACCUGCCCAUCCUCGGCCUGCCCGAGUUCCGCUCCGCCUCCUCCAAGGUCGCACUGGGAGACGACAGCGACGCCAUCAAGGACAACAGGGUGGGAGGGGUCCAGGCUCUGGGUGGGACCGGUGCCCUGAGGAUUGGGGCGGAGUUCCUGCGGCGCUGGUACAACGGCGUCAACAACACGGCCACACCCGUCUACGUCUCAGCGCCCACCUGGGAGAACCACAACAGUGUGUUUGCUGAUGCUGGUUUCAAAGACAUCCGGCCCUACCACUACUGGGAUGCUGCUAAGAGAGGCCUGGACCUGGACGGGCUCCUGGAUGAUCUGGAGAAAGCUCCAGAACACUCCAUCUUCGUCCUCCACGCCUGCGCACACAACCCCACCGGCACCGACCCCAAACCGGAGGAGUGGAAGAAGAUCGCAGAGAUCAUGAAGAGGAGGAACCUGUUUGUGUUCUUCGACUCAGCCUAUCAGGGUUUUGCCUCUGGCAGCCUGGAUAAAGAUGCCUGGGCCAUCCGCUACUUUGUCUCAGAGGGCUUUGAGCUUUUCGUUGCUCAGUCCUUCUCCAAAAACUUUGGCCUUUACAAUGAGAGAGUCGGUAACCUGACCGUGGUCGCCAAGGACAGUGAGAACCUCUCCCGCAUCCUGUCCCAGAUGGAGAAGAUUGUCAGGACGACUUGGUCCAACCCCCCGUCUCAGGGAGCGCGCAUCGUCAGCAAGACCCUCAACUGCCCCGAGCUCUUCGCUGAAUGGAGUGGUAAUGUGAAGACCAUGGCAGACCGCGUCCUGCUGAUGAGGGAUCAGCUGAAGACCAAGCUGCAGGCUCUGGGCACCCCGGGGACCUGGGACCACAUCACCCAGCAGAUCGGCAUGUUCAGCUUCACCGGCCUGAACCCCAAACAGGUGGAGUACAUGAUCAAAGAGAAGCACGUGUACCUGAUGGCCAGCGGCCGCAUCAACAUGUGCGGCCUGACCACCAAGAACAUCGACUAUGUCGCCCAGUCCAUCCACGAUACCGUCACCAAGGUCCAGUAGAGGCUGCUCCUGUCCGCCCACUGCCUCCCUCCUGAACACCACAGGAAGCGCCGUCAUGUCUGUGCCCUUGUACCCCUCCCCCCGCUCAUCCUGGCCUCUGAUUGGUUGAACUGCAGCAGUUGAACCAAUGGGAGGGCGGAUGAUUUUCUGUUCUCACUUGAAGGUAAAAAACCCUUUGGGAGGUGCAAUGAUUUUAUGAAGACACUUGAACGCACAAAGCCAGGUCUCUCUGUCAGCAGAGCUCACUACACAAAUGUGUCCGAGUCACAGUGUCUCUUUUAUGCAGGUCCCUUCAUUUUUUUGUGGCAUCCAAACAAUUUCUGUUCACGAGAUAUCACUUGAAUUUCUGCUUCCUCAGUCGUCAAUAGCACUUCAAGGGAUUAAAUACGCGUAUCUAUAGUGUCGAACAAAAUGCAGUGCAGGAAGGUAAUGUAAAUAAAUGUAAUCACUGUAAGAAGUCCUGUUAUUUCCUGCAGAAGCACUUAAAGCACACCUGCUUUACUUCAGCUCUGAGCACAUAACAAAUCAGAUAAGCUUAUUUUCUUCAGCCUUCAGAAAUUAUCAUUUCAAUCACCUAAUAUUUGUAUAUGUAAUAAAUAAUCAACUCAUCCCAGGACACUUGUUAUGCUGAAGUCUAAAGAACGGUUAGUCUCUGUCAUGUGACCGUGUUAAAAGGUCACUUAAAGGUAAAUGCAUGUGCCUGAUGUUAUAGAUUUGCCUUGUCAGACCUGUGCAGCUACGUAUAAGAUCACAAUGUUAGUAAACAAAGCGACUUUGUGCCAUCAGUGAACAAAAUCACCUCUUUUUGUUUUCUCUCUCUCCGGUGUUCUUUUCUCUCCACCCUGCAGUGCCCUUAUUGUGUUACAGAAAGCUUCUGUACAGUCGGUGGUUGUUGUGACCUCAGAGCCUGACACAUAAUAACCACACUCCCAUUAUGUGGUGUUGUUUGUAAUGGCACACAGCAGUAUGUGUGCUCAUACUGAAAUAAAUUAUAAACCACAGGAACAACA